CGGGCGCUUCUUUCCCUCACACAGACGCGCUUCAGCUUCCAGUGAGGGAAACUUACUUUAGACUCCUGUUUCUGACAGAAAAAUUCAAACAUUCCCACUGAACUAUAAAAAAAAUUAAGAUAAAACUGCACAAGGAAUCUGACGGACUCAAAACUGAAGCGCCUUCACCAAAUGGAGCCAAUAACGCCGGAAUACGUCGACUCCUAUGAGUACUAUGACGAUAACGAGACUGCGUGCGACUACUCAGAGUGGGAGCCGUCUUAUUCUCUCAUUCCCGUGCUGUACAUGCUCAUUUUCAUCCUCGGUCUCUCCGGGAACGGCGUGGUUAUCUUCACUGUCUGGCGUUCGAAAUCCAAACGGCGCGCGGCAGACAUUUACAUCGGCAACCUUGCGCUCGCGGACCUGACGUUCGUCAUCACUCUGCCGCUGUGGGCUGUGUACACCGCGCUGGGUUACCACUGGCCGUUCGGCGUGGCCCUCUGCAAGAUCAGCAGCUAUGUGGUGCUCGUCAACAUGUACGCAAGCGUCUUCUGUCUGACCUGCCUGAGUUUUGACCGCUACCUUGCCAUCGUCCACUCUCUGUCCAGCGGGCGGCUCCGGUCCCGGGCCACCAUGCUGGCGUCACUGGGUGCCAUCUGGUUCCUCUCGUGCCUGCUGGCCGUGCCAACUCUCCUGUUUCGCACUACGGUGGAUGACGCCGGGAGCAACCGCACCACCUGUGCGAUGGACUUCAGGCUGGUCACUCUCAAUCGGCAUCACGAAUCCCUUUGGAUUGCAGGUCUGAGCCUUUCGUCCUCCGCUCUUGGUUUUCUCCUGCCUUUCUUGGCCAUGACUGUCUGCUACUGCUUCAUCGGCUGCACGGUCACCCGGCAUUUCAGCCACCUGCGCAAGGAAGACCAGAAGAAGCGUCGUCUCCUGAAGAUCAUCACUACCUUGGUGGUGGUUUUUGCUUUCUGCUGGACACCUUUCCAUGUGCUGAAAAGCAUGGAUGCACUGUCAUAUCUAGACCUGGCGCCCACCUCGUGUGGCUUCCUUAACUUUCUGCUUCUGGCUCAUCCGUACGCCACGUGCCUGGCGUACGUCAACAGCUGCCUCAACCCGUUCCUCUAUGCCUUCUUUGACCUGCGCUUCCGCUCGCAGUGCCUGUGUCUGCUGAACCUGAAGAAGGCCAUGCAUGGGCACAUGAGCUCCAUGUCUUCAACUCUCAGCGCCCAGACUCAAAAGUCGGAGGUGCAGUCACUGGCCACCAAAGUGUGAGAGAACGAAAUGAGAAGAACAGAAAACAUGAAGAAAACAAACUUUGGGUUAAGGGGUCAAAAAGGUGGGAAUCUAUUGACGGCUGGUCCGUUCUGAUGUGGUGAACUGAUGGACUUAUGAUGGAGAACAUAUUGCUCCAUGUUUGUAAAUAACACUCAUAGUUUUGUGUACUCUACUGUAUUCAUGAAUGAAUUGCUGGAAUGAUGUGACUGCGUGUAUGCAUGUGUGAAUUUAUGUUAGCUGACAUCUAUUCGUCGACUUUGACACACUCAAAACACGCACACACAGAACUAUUCAAGCAAACGGGUCAGUUUUCUCAAAAACAUUUAAACUGACCACAACGAUGCUGCACUGAGGAUGAACUUGCUUGUGCUGCUGUAAGAGUGUGUGACUGUGAAGCGUAUAUACACUGGUGUAGAGAUGCAAAUUGUACAGUAUUUUCAUACUAUUUUUUUCCUGCUAAUUUGCUAUGUUCAGAAAUGUGUUCAGUAUUUUUAGCACUUGUUAAGAGGAGAUAUAAAAUUGAUAAAUUUUUGUUAAACUCCCUGAUGUGAAUGUGUGUUUUUUUAUCAGUGUGUGUGUGUGUGUGUGUGUUCCAGUGCAAAGGUAAUGCUGGUUGAUUAGAUAGUAUAAAGUGCAGACAGAGAGUCGGGGUUUGGAGGGGUGGGCAGACAGACAGAUGGCUGGUGACAAAAAAAAAGGAAGAAGAGGUCAAAUUUGGGGGUGUAAAUGGAUUUAAAUUCAUGAAAUUAUGUUAUAUUUUUGAAAUUUCUGUAACUAACUACUGCUACUGUAUUAAAUAUGUUUCUUAAAUACAA